GUGAGUCACAAUGAUGAUGAUGAUCCCAACCGUGGGCGAGGAAUGAGGGACCUUGUCAUCGUCUUUGGCUCCUCCUCCGUCAUAACCAAUCCUCACCACCGUCGCUGUUACGCCACCGCACCGGAGCUCAACCGAAAACUUAAAUCCACUUCUUCUCUCACCAAGCAACUGCCGUCGCUGCCACAGCAACACACAUCUUCUCCUGCUUCAGUUUCCUCGGCGAAUGCUCUCUCAAGCCACUUCUCUGACGCCGUGAGAUGGAUUCCAGACGGCUCUGUAGAGUAUUACGCUGAUUUCGCCUCGAAGCUCGCCGAGGACGGCCGAAUUCAAGACGUGGCCCUCAUCGCCGAGACCUUGGCUGCAGAGUCCGGAGCUAAUGUGGCACGUUUCGCUUCGAUGGUUGAUUCUGAUCUCUUAUCGAAAGGAAUAUCGUUGAAUCUUCGACAAGGAAAGAUUGAGAGCGUGGUUUACACCUUGCAAAGGAUUGAGAAGGUAGGGAUUGCUCCACUGGACCUCGUCGAUGAAUCGUCUGUGAAACUUAUGAGGAAACACUUUCGCGCAAUGGCUAACUCUGUGCAAGUGGAGAAAGCUAUUGACCUUAUGGAGAUACUCGCGGGUUUCAGAUUCAAAAUCAAAGAGCUUGUGGACCCGUUUGAUGUCGUAAAGAUUUGUGUUGACAUUUCCAAUCCGCAAUUAGCUAUUAGAUAUGCAUGUCUUUUGCCCCAUACAGAGUUAUUGCUUUGUAGAAUUAUCCAUGGUUUCGGAAAGAAAGGAGAUAUGGUCUCUGUAUUGACAGCAUAUGAAGCCUGCAAACAGAUUUUAGACAAUCCUAACAUGUAUAUAUACCGCACUAUGAUAGAUGUUUGUGGCUUAUGUGGGGAUUACGUUAAAUCGAGGUAUAUAUAUGAGGAUCUUCUCAAAGAAAACAUUAAGCCAAACAUUUAUGUUAUGAACAGUCUAAUGAAUGUUAAUUCCCAUGAUCUUGGGUACACACUAAAAGUAUACAAGAAUAUGCAGAAACUUGAUGUUACAGCUGACAUGACAUCCUACAAUAUACUGCUGAAAACAUGUUGCCUGGCUGGACGGGUUGAUCUCGCCCAGGACAUAUACAAAGAAGCAAAGCGAAUGGAAUCUUCUGGACUGUUGAAGUUGGACGCCUUUACAUAUUGUACUAUUAUAAAGGUUUUCGCAGACGCAAAGAUGUGGAAAAUGGCUCUAAAAGUCAAAGAGGAUAUGCAAUCUGUUGGUGUAACCCCUAAUACUCAUACAUGGUCAUCGUUAAUCAGCGCAUGUGCCAACGCAGGUCUAGUAGAGCAGGCAAAUCACCUAUUUGAAGAAAUGCUUGCAUCUGGUUGUGAGCCUAAUUCUCAAUGUUUCAACAUCCUACUGCAUGCUUGCGUUGAAGCUUGCCAGUUUGACCGAGCUUUUCGUCUUUUUCAAUCUUGGAAGGGAAGCUCAGAUAAGGAAGCCUUAUAUGCAGAUGAUAUAACUGGUAAAGGUAGCAUUUUCAGCCCAAAUAAACUGAAAAAUCAUGGUAACGGGUCUUUGGUGAAUACCAAUUCUUCACCUUAUAUCCAAGCUUCAAAUAGAUUUUUCUUCAAGCCAACAACAGCGACAUAUAAUAUACUCCUAAAAGCCUGUGGUACCGAUUACUAUCGAGGAAAAGAAUUGAUGGACGAAAUGAGGAGCCUAGGUCUUGCACCUAAUCAAAUAACAUGGUCGACUUUGAUCGAUAUAUGUGGAGGUUCAGGCGAUGUAGAAGGUGCUGUAGGGAUUUUGAGAACUAUGCAUUCCGCUGGAACCAGACCUGAUGUUGUUGCCUAUACAACAGCUAUCAAGAUUUGCGCAGAAAAUAAAAGUUUAAAGUUGGCAUUUUCUUUGUUCGAGGAGAUGAGGAGAUAUCAGAUAAAGCCAAACUGGGUGACCUAUAAUACGCUUCUUAAAGCACGAAGCAAAUAUGGUUCUUUACUUGAAGUGCGGCAAUGCUUAGCUAUAUAUCAGGACAUGCGAAAAGCAGGGUAUAAACCUAACGAUCACUUUCUCAAAGAACUUAUUGAGGAGUGGUGCGAAGGAGUCAUACAAGAAAACAGUCAAAGCCAAAUUAAAACAAGCGACCAGGAAGGUACUAACUUAGGGAGACCUGUAAGUCUACUCAUUGAAAAAGUAGCUACACACUUGCAAGAAAGAACAGCUGGAAACCUUGCAAUUGACCUUCAAGGACUUACCAAGGUUGAGGCUCGACUUGUUGUUCUAGCAGUUUUGCGGAUGAUCAAGGAAGACUAUAUCCGAGGUGAUGUUGUAACAGAUGAUUUGUUGAUCAUCCUAGGAACCGGUGAAGCAAAUAUCGAUCCAGGAAAGCAAGAGAUUGCUGUAAAAGAUGUGCUAGUACAGCUCCUUAAAGAUGAAUUGUCUCUUGUGGUACUUCCUGCUGGACAUAGACAUGUGCUAGAUAUAACACUGGAUGCACGAUGUGUGGAUGAUGCAGACCAAGGUAUAGAGCUUACCUCAGAGAACACCAAGUCGAUUGUUGGUAUAUCCUCAACGAGGAGACCUGCAAUUCUUGAGAGGUUGAUGGUUACAAAGGCGUCUUUGCACCAGUGGCUGCAGCGCAAAAAGUAGCCGAUCCUGACUGGUACAUAACUAAUCAUCUGUGUAUUCUAUGCAAGUUUCAAACUAAAUAGAAGACAAUAGUGGUGAAAGAUUGCACAACACCUCAGAUGCACAUAUUGUGUUCCUUUUAAAAUAAACAAAGAGUUUU